CAAUUCGUAAAAAUGGCGAUUCGCAAAAAUGACAAUUCGCAUAAAUGACAUUUCUUAAAAGUGAAAUUUCGCAAAAAUGACAAUUCGCAAAAAUAGCUUUUCGCAAUGUUACAUUCCGAGCAGAAGGCGAGGUUAUUAGGUUAGGUUAUAGAAUUUUGGAGGAAUGGUAGGCUGAUUAUGGUCAAGUUGGUAAAGCUUGACCUUUAUUUUUUAAGUAGGAUCGUUUGUACUUGUCAAAACUACGGGUUUUGAGUUACAACAACACAAAUAUUCCCUUUUUAUAAUUUAUUUAAAUAUUAAAUAGUAUGAUUACAAUAAUUAUACAAUUGUUACUUACUUUUAAUUACAGGUUUAUUCGUAGAUUUCAAUAAUAGCGCAGGUCGUUAUAAGUUUGGUUUUCAACAGUUGUUUCAAUUGAAUGAAACUUAGAAAGUUUGUUAUGUUACACUUAUGUAACUUUCACAACUUAUUAAUGUUUUUGCGUUUGUUUCAAGAGUUAAAUACCGUUUCUAAGUGUUACUUAUCGUCACUUGCACCUAUUUAAGGAAAGAAACUUGUUUCUAAGUGUGAGAAAAGCAACUUGCACAAUAAUUGAGUACAAUUCGGUCUGCAAUUGCCAAUUAGAGAAAGAAUUGGUGAAAAACUACAAUUAAUGAAACUUGACACGCAAAAUACGACAGUUAAUUCAUUUAAAUAAUUGAUUCUAAGUGUCAAAUUGUUUUUCUUGCACCUUUUACGGAAAGAAACUUGUUUCUAAGUGAAAAACAAAAUUGACUUGCACAAAAACCGAGUACAACUCGAACUGCAGUUGCCGAUUAGAGAAAGAAUACAAAUUUUAAUGAAAAACUGAAGGGUCGCUCUACAAUGACUAUUCAAAUGAUCUAAAUAUCUACCUCAAUUAUGGAAAAAGUGAAGCUAGAGUUACAAGAAGUGAUUCACAGAACUCGGGUUGCGUAAUGAGGUCAUAGCGGCCGAGUGCGAGCUUGCGUGAGUCACUCCUUGACUCAACGCAUUGUUUCUUAUUUUUGUCAAUUUCUAUCUCUGGUUUUGUUUUUUAAUCAUUAUUCUAAUAUGUAGGACGAAGUAUAGAAUUUCAGUUAUAACUUCUAUCUCAAUUUCUGAAUAUUAAAUGCUUUUAACGUGAUUAUUAUAUGUUAUAAAAAUAGUUACAUCGCAGUUACAUAAACAGUUUCUUAAAAAUGUACCUGGGAUGUAACAGUCCUCCCUCCUUACUUUUUUCAUCGUCUCGAUGAAAUUCUAUUCUUAUCGUUUAAAUACCCAUGUCGCGACUAUAAAAUUCUGAAAUUGAGACUGUCUUUUAUCACCUAGAAAUUAUAAUUUUCAUACAGUGUUCGCAGUGACAUCAAUAUCCUUCCGCUCUUAUUACAUUCGGCGGCGCCUAGAUAAGAAUGUGAAGUGAUAAUUUUAUGUGUUUGUUGUGUAAUGAUAUGUGUUGUUUGUGUUUUCUUUAUCAUCUUCUUAAGGUAGGUAUGGAUUUCGUUUUUCUCAGGGUGGUCGUUGACUCUUUGUUUCUCGUAGUGGUGAUUAAAAUUGUCAUCCUCAGCAUUUUGCAUCCCUAUAAAGGAUGGUGGCACCUAGGACAUCUUCAGUAUUUGGCUGACUUCUUGAGAUACAGAGUAGACACGACGUUGAAUAAAAUGUCUGGUGAAGAAAAUUGCAGCAUAAAUUUGGAGAAAUUUUUAAAAUCCAUUCAAGUUUUGGCAGCUGCGGUCCAUUAUUCGUUGUUGGAAAUAGAUUGCUUCGAAUCGAUGGGACGUCCAGGCCGUCCAAAAAGAGAUACUCAUCCGGGGUUUAAAGUGGACAAAAAGAUACGAAUUGCAGAGCUGCAUCGUUUGAGGAAAGAAGUUCAGGAGGAUUCAGCACAAUUAACUUCGAUGCUGAAUUUAGUACUUCGGCCUGAUCGUCCAAGUCAUUGCUAUUGCGGAGGAUGUCAGGCUUCACCUAUCCUCAUUAAAAAGGAAUUGAAAUUAACAGAGCAAUCUGAACCCAAAAAACAGCUGACACUAUGGUGUGGGUCAAUGAUAUGCAGAAAUUCAUAUCUGCGCCUGAAAUUGUGACUAAUGAUGAUCACUUCUGGAGGACCCUUUGAAACUGAAUCCAUUGAUUAGCACGUCACUUCAACAGCAGCCGGGCCCCUCGUUCCAACCACAACCUGGUCAUUCGUGGUACGUUGAACCAGAAGAUAUGAAAGUGUCUUUAGAUGAAGAUCCUUUAAAACUGAAGUUGUGUAUGUGCGGAACAUGUUUAUAAAGUUCCUCUUUUUUUUUCAUUAUUAUAGUGUAAGGAUGUGAGUGUGUUACAAAUUAAAAUGUGUGUUAUUUUAAAAUUUCUUCUUUUCUUUGUAGAAUGAAUGUGUGUGUGAUAAUUUGAAUAAACAAUUGAUUUUUAUUA